GUAACGGUCCAAACAGGAAGAGGAAGUACUGAGCUGUGUAUCUUCUAUGUGUCAAAGUAAGACAGUUGUCAGUCAGCAUUGAGCAUCGGUCAUGAAGAUGACCGCCCUCAGCAUUAAAAUCUUGAUUAAUGUGGUUUUCUUGCUGUCAACACUACCUGGACAAAGCUGUUUCCUUCAAAAGCCUGAUUUUCCAUCAAUUUUUCCAAACAGACUUCAGUUCUUUGAAUAUGACCCUGUCUUCAUAAGUUGUGGCGAGAACAAAGACAUGAAUGCAUGGAAAGUGAUAAGAAAACUUUUUAUAAUGAGUCCAACAAAUGUAUCUGAUGACUGCAAUAUCCCAGCUCCAUCCUGCACCAUUGAUCUGUCCUUUGAAAGCCACAGUGGAGAAUACUGGUGUGAAAAUGAUGAGGGAGAACGAAGCCGUGCUCUCAACAUCUCUUUUACAGCUGGUUCUGUAAUCCUCGACUUUGGUGCACAGCCAGUAAAUGAAGGAUCUAAUGUGAUUCUCCGUUGUGUUCACAAGAACAAUGAGCAGACACAGAUAACAGAUUUCUUCAAAGAUGGCAUGCAGCUCAUAACCAAAUAUGAAAACGUCCUGAGCCUGGAAAACAUCUCCAAGUCUGAUGAAGGUCUCUACAAGUGCAGCAUUUCUGGAGCAGGUGACUCUGCAGAAAGCUGGCUGACUGUUGUCAGACCAGAAAAAGGACCUAAUAUUGGAGCCCAACCUGUACAGUAUCUGGCCCCUGUAAUCUCGUUUCUUUUGUGCACCCUUGUUUCAUUGAUCCUCUUGGUAGUUGGACUGAUUUUCUUCAAGAAACGCAAAGCAUUGAGAGAUGAAACUGUCACAGGUCUAAAUGAAGUUACUUAUGCUGUUGUCAACAAACCAAGAAAGAGGAAUGGUGGAAAUGCUGAAAAUGAACAAAACCAAGUCACGUAUGCUUCGAUUGGGAACAUCAGAUCAGGGCAGGACGUGUGUACAGCUACCAUUGGACAAUAUACAUCAAAACAAGAAACAACCUAUUCUGAAAUCAGGCUUUUUAAUCAUUAAAAGAUUGAAUUUAUGUAAUUGGUAAAGUUCCGUCAUUAGGCUCAACUU